AUGGAGGAAUAUGCCCGAGAACCUUGUCCCUGGAGAAUAGUAGAUGAUUGUGGGGGUGCCUUUACUAUGGGGGCCAUUGGUGGAGGGGUCUUUCAGUCUGUCAAAGGCUUUCGAAAUGCUCCUGUGGGUGUACGGCAUAGACUGAAGGGUAGUGCCAAUGCUGUGAGAAUAAGAGCGCCACAGAUUGGUGGUAGUUUUGCAGUAUGGGGUGGGCUGUUCUCCACCAUAGACUGUGGUUUGGUUCGUCUAAGAGGGAAAGAGGACCCAUGGAACUCCAUCACCAGCGGAGCCAUGACAGGGGCAAUACUGGCGGCUCGCAGUGGACCCCUGGCAAUGGUUGGCUCUGCCAUGAUGGGGGGCAUUCUUUUGGCACUCAUCGAGGGAUUUGGGAUCCUUCUCACCAGAUACACAGCGCAACAGUUCCAGAACCCAAGUCCAUUUGUGGAGGACCCGAACCAGUUACCUCCAAAGGACGGAGACCAAGGACAGGGGAGUCGUGGAUAUGGACAAUAUCAGUAGAGACACCAUGCUGCUGUUUGGAUUAUAAUACAACCAGUGAAAGCAAAGAGAAGGAGCAGUUAGAUACUAGCAUCUUCCUGCACAGGUCUUGGAGUGAAAGUGGAGGUUUGGAGAGACUGACUUAGAUAUUCCUGAAUUAGAUGAAAUACGGUAUUGAACCUCAGGGGCAGAUUGUGAGUGAUUUGUAUUAUUUAUGUGUGAUAUUGUAGUGUAUAUGUCACUGUUUCUUCUUACUGAACAAUGAGGUUAUAGCAGCAUUUGUACCCUAAGACUUUCUCUUUACAAAAACAUGACACAGUGUCAUUCAGUCAAAUUAUUUUUGUAAUUUACAUAACGAGUUAUGUUGUCAUGUGUCGACAUUGAAUAAGCACCCACUCAGAGGAUAGCUCAAGCAUUCAAACUUGAGGGUGUGUGGGUGUGAAUGUGUAUUUUUGAGUGUCCUGUUGUGCAAACUGAUGAGGCAAAGCUAAAGCAUGCACACCGUUUCUUGAACUGUUUCUGUAAUGCUGGAAAAUGAAUAAUUAAUGGAGUUAUAUAGUUUACUAUUCAUAACCAUCACUACUCAUUUUGUAUGACCUACGACUUACCCCGUUCUCUGUCAUAGCUAUGAGAUCACAUCACCAGCAGAUGUUUACACAGUACUGUCAGUUUGGUCACUGAUUCAUUUCUGUAUUCCAUCAACAAAGCCUUUUCCUAUUUUUGCUGAGUUUAGAAUUCAGAUUAUUGUUCAUCGACACUUCUCCCGCUAUCUGUCGUUGUUCCAAGUUUGUUUUUUUCCCAUUAAAAUGCCACUUUAGUUACUGUGAAGGACAAAACAACAUCAGCUUUACUGACAAUCUGAGAUUG